CUGAUCCAGCGCGCUCCCCGCGCUGUUCCUCCGGUACCUGUGAACAAACUAAUUAAAUGGCUCACCCACUACGGAGGUCUUGCCAACACACGGCUCACCCAUUACGGGUUCUUGCCCAGUCACGGCUCACCCAUUACGGGUUCUUGCCCAGUCACGGCUCACCCAUUACGGGUUCUUGCCCAGUCACGGCUCACCCAUUACGGGUUCUUGCCCAGUCACGGCUCACCCAUUACGGGUUCUUGCCCAGUCACGGCUCACCCAUUACGGGUUCUUGCCCAGUCCUGGCUCACCCAUUACGGGUUCUUGCCCAGUCACGGCUCACCCAUUACGGGUUCUUGCCCAGUCACGGCUCACCCAUUACGGGUUCUUGCCCAGUCACGGCUCACCCAUUACGGGUUCUUGCCCAGUCACGGCUCACCCAUUACGGGUUCUUGCCCAGUCACGGCUCACCCAUUACGGGUUCUUGCCCAGUCCUGGCUCAUCCACAACGGGGGUCUUGCCAACUCACGGCUCACCCAUUACGGGUUCUUGCCCAGUCACGGCUCACCCAUUACGGGGUCUUGCCAACACACAACUCACGGCUCACCCAUUACGGGGUCUUGCCAACACACAACUCACGGCUCACCCAUUACGGGGUCUUGCCAACACACAACUCACGGCUCACCCAUUACGGGUUCUUGCCCAGUCCUGGCUCAUCCACAACGGGGGUCUUGCCAACUCACGGCUCACCCAUUACGGGGUCUUGCCAACACACAACUCACGGCUCACCCAUUACGGGGUCUUGCCAACACACAACUCACGGCUCACCCAUUACGGGGUCUUGCCAACACAUAA